GAUAUAUGGGAUAUAAUCGUCCAAUAAUGUAUAGAAUGGUUCCAAAUUGGGUAGCUCAAACACAGAUGAUGGCUAAUAUAUGGCAAGAAAUGUUGGUAACAGCCCUCACUAGAGCGGAGGUCGAAGCAGCUAUUGCGAAAAAUUUACCUGGUGUGAGUGUGAAUGCAGUGAGAACGGGAAUCUUCAAAGCAUCAUAUGCAGUUCUAAGAUCAGUUAAUUAUAUCACUUGUUGUAAUGCUUGGAAUAUUGGUCAGAGCGAAACAGCCAGAAUCCAAGCGACAAGAAUAAUAGCUGUCAAAGGCAUAGAAGCAGUAGUAUCACAUUCGGGUUGUUAUUAG